GUGGGCAAAAAUCAGGCGAAACAGAUGUAUGUAUGAAAAAUCUACGACGAAAACAUUGAAUCUUAUCAAACAUGACAUUUGGGUUAUUAACAAUGUGUCGCAUUUACUGAUAUAUUAUAUUGAGGAAUUUAAGAUUUAAUUACAGAUAUGUCAGUCUUUCGACCACGCUUUUGUAAACGUAUAUAUGACAAAUAUUCUUAGUCGUGUCGUUAUUAGUAUUGAACAUUAUAAGUACUCAGGAGCAAAUUACAAUAAAUAGAUAUCCAAUAAAGACAAUGUGUGCUUAUUGUAAAACGUUGUUCAGGCUUACUUGCAUUUUUGGAAUAUGUGGCGGUUUUACAAGUACCGACAGUUCAAACAAAUAUCCGUCAUGGUCAGAAUGGGGACUAUGGGAAUGUCAUAAUGAACAGAUUACAUGCGUAUUGUAUCGGUACAGAUAUUGCUUAGGUGGAAUAGGCGAAGAUUGCGAGAUGAUUGGCAGUAAAUCUUUUGACAUGAAGCGGUGUGACGACAGCCGCCAAAAUGCAAAUGUGACCUCAGUUCCCACAUUACCAACGACUACGAAGGGGCUUUCUUUUAUUUCUGUCGUUACAAAGACGUCAUUUGCGUCUUUUGACCCGUCGUCUGUCGUUAUACCAUUUACAAAGUCAUCAGUGACGACUACUUCUCCAAGUACUGCAAUCCCUAUAUAUUGGUUGGAAUGGACAGGCUGGGAUUGUCAGGAAACAUCGGGUGUGUGCUUAAUGAGGAAAAUAAGAAAUUGCUCAACGUACAUCUCAGAGGACUGUGAAGAUAAACUGGGAGAUGACCCUUACGAAGUUCGUACAUGCAGAAAAGAAAUAUGUCCAGCUAACUGGCUAGCAUGGGGCGAAUGGAGAUGUAAAAUGGGAUACAAUGGUUCUUGCAAUAUGAAACGGACUAGAGAGUGUUCUACGGGCUCUACCGAAGCAUGCGGACUAAUAUCUUCAAUAUCACUGCCAUGUGAGAAGCAAGUUUGCCCAGACAAGUUUGAACUUCAGCAGUCUGGUCAAUGCAAGGGGUUUAAUGCUACUAGUUGCGCAGACGCUUCAUCUUGCAGCGUUAUUACAGAUAUGCAUCAGCUAAUUUGUCAAUUUAAAGAUACGGCAACCAAAGAUUGUCCGAAGGCAUGCGGAUGUUGUGAAGAGGAGGCACAUUGGUCGGAAUGGAGUAACUGGGAGUGUCAAAGAUUGCCAAACAACACGUGCAGAAUGAAACAGACAAGGAAAUGUUCAGCUAAUAAUACAAAUGACUGUAAAGGAAUGUCUGAAGUAAUAGCAGCGUGUUCUGACAGCAUUUGUCCAGGUUUAUCUACUCACGUGUCAACAAUACUGCCAACUACAAUUGGGUCCAUAUCAACUUUGACAACAGUUCUUAACUCUUCACAAUGGUCUGAAUGGUUUUAUGGAAACUGUUCUGUGAGUUGUGGUAACGGAACAACAACCAGACUGAGGCAUUGUAACACUGGACAUGACGGAGACUGUACCGGGAAGCCAUUUGAGACGGUACCUUGUUAUGCCAGCGUCUGUCCAGCUCAAACCUCUGCGCAAUGGUCUGGCUGGUUCAAUGGAAAAUGUUCUGUCAGUUGCGGUAAUGGAACAACAACCAGACUGAGGCAUUGUAGCACCGGAAAUGAUGAAGACUGCGUUGGAAGUCCCUUUGAAACAGUUCCCUGUACUGCCACUGAUUGCUCUGGAUUGUGCGUGACGUCAGCAUUUAUAGUUGGUAUCAGCGGAUUUCUUUUGCAACCAAUAAAGCGAUAUGAUUGUAAUUUCGAUCACAGUAUGUGCGCGUACCAGACAAGCACGUGGUCCCACGUGAUGCAUUGGUCUUGGUACCACGUCUCAUCAUCGUCUGCUAUUCUUUCUAAAGACCAUACUAACAAUAAAGACGGUAUUGGUCGCGUAUUGAAUGUUCAGGCUUCAACUUUAAACAAGCCAGGAGACACAGUUAGGAUUUCAUCCGGUGUCCUUUCCUUUCCGAAUAUCAAAUAUGUAUCGGUAGGGUUUUGGUAUAAUUUUAAUGGAACUAACCCACUCACCCUUAAAGUCUAUGUGAAUGGAAGUGCCUCCAGUGCAGCCAUUUAUUCAAAGGACGGUCGUUACGGAACAAACCGCUGGAGACAUGGCUGUGCUACGACGGCUGUCAGCACAAGCAAUAUAAAGGUGAAUUUUGUGGCCGUAGUUACACAUCCUCAAACAUCCGGGUCAUUGGCGAUCGAUGACGUCACAGUGGAUGAAGGUUACAUAUGCCAUGAUCUCAGUCACACUUCUUCAACGACAACAAAUUAUCACGUGACAACUUCAUCGACCAUUCACGCGACCACAACGAAAUAUCAAGCUUCGUCAUCAGUGUCGUGUGAUUUUGAAUCGCCUUUUGUUUGUGGAUACCACCAAAACUCAGGUGAUAAAUUUGACUGGACAAGACAUGCUGGAACAACUAUAUCGUCUGAUACAGGACCGAAUGGUGACCAUACAACAGGGCGUGGUCAUUACUUGUACAUAGAAGCGUCAUCGCCGAGGAAACCAAAUGAAACGGCUAUCAUUGAGUCGCCCUCAUUCAAAGCCAACGGCCACGAACGUGUUUUGUUCUGGUACAAUAUGUAUGGAAAUAACAUCGGGGCUUUAAAGGUGUACCUUGCAAGAUAUGGUGUCAAAGGAAGUCCAGUUUUUGCAAAAACGUCAGGUUCUUCCUCAUCCAUUUGGCGCCAAGCCUGUAUUGAUGUUACAACUGUAGCCUCGAGUGUUCAAGUUGUAUUUGAAGGCGUUAUUGGAAACGGUUUCGCUGGAGAUAUUGCAAUUGAUGACGUCAAAUUAGAAAAUGGAAGCUGUAAGACAGGAACUGCUGUAAACGGUCAUUGGGGAUCAUGGAGUUCUUAUAGCGCAUGCUCAGUGACCUGUGGAGUCGGUCACGUGACCAGUCGCCGAUACUGUAACAACCCAGCACCUUCAAAUGGCGGUAAUAACUGUACAGGGAAUUCUACAAGACAGACACCGUGUCACAAUCCUUCAUGCACAGUGAACGCAGGUUGGUCAACUUGGAGUACUUGGUCGAAAUGCUCAGCAUCUUGUGACCUUGGAACAAUAACACGUGUUCGCACAUGCAACAGUCAAGCAUUGCCGUCUGGUGGAAGCACUUGUACUGGGCACAAAACAGAAACACAUGAUUGCUCACUGGGACAAUGCCCAACUUGGUCGCAUUGGUUUGACGGUACUUGUAGUUCAACUUGUGGAAACGGAACAAUAGAGCGUCUCCGCACGUGCAGUACAGGGACACAGUCUGACUGCGUAGGAAUUUCCACGCAAAUAGUUCCAUGCGAAGGAGUAGAUUGUAUAUAAUAUUGAUAUUAAAUAAUA